GGUUGCUUUCCUUUUCCACUCCGCCAGCCCUGCUCCGUCACUGAUCACUUCCGACUCUAACCCUAGCGGGAAAUUGUUUCUACCAAAUCCCAGCAUGUCCAGCGCCGAUCCCGAACACCGUGAAGAGGAGGAGGCCCCCGCCGGCGAGGAUGAGGACACCGGAGCUCAAGUUGCUCCGAUUGUUAAACUUGAGGAAGUCGCCGUCUCCACCGGCGAAGAAGACGAAGAUGUUCUUCUUGACUUGAAAUCGAAGCUUUAUCGAUUCGAUAAGGAUGGGAAUCAGUGGAAGGAGCGAGGCGCGGGUACUGUGAAAUUUCUGAAGCACAAGGUUACUGGAAAAGUUAGACUCGUGAUGAGGCAAUCUAAGACCCUCAAGAUCUGCGCUAAUCAUCUCAUUGUACCAUCAAUGACGGUGCAAGAACACGCUGGGAACGAAAAAUCUUGCGUUUGGCACGCGAGGGAUUAUGCUGAUGGUGAACUGAAGGAUGAACUCUUCUGCAUUCGAUUUGCGUCAAUUGAAAAUUGCAAAACCUUUAUGGAAAUGUUCCAAGAGGUUGCUGAAUCCCAGAAGAGUAAUGAGGAAAACAAGGAUGCAACUGCUGCUGCUGGUCUUCUUGAGAACUUAAGUGUUGGCGAGAAGGCAGAGGCAGAAAAGAAAGAUACAGAGAAUAAAGAUGCCGAGAAGAAAGAGACAGGGAAGGGAGACGCCGAGAAGAAGGAGACAGCGAAGGAAGAUGCCGAAAAGAAAGAGACAGAGAAGAAAGACGUGGGAGAGAAAGGUGAAGGGACUUCAUCGUCAUCAACUUGAGACAAGUAUAAUCUUUUCGUAUUUGAUUAUUUCCCGCUACUUAGGAACAUGACAAGGCGUGGUGGUUCCUCUUUUCUUCCCUCAUCUUGGGAUAUUCAGUCUUUGGAUUGUGUCUGUCAUGGAGAAAUGCUAUUGAGCGGUCUGUUUUAACUGGAGUCUAUUCCAGGAGUUUGAUUCAGUUUUAAAUUGUCGAGGGUUGUGCUUCUGGGAUCUGGGAGUUCACUAGUUUUAGUUUUAUUUGUUGCUAGUUUUUGAAUCAUGUCAGUUGGGAGGUUUCAGUCGGGAAACUAGCCAAGAGUAUAAACACAGGGUUUCUGGAUACGAAAUUGUUUGAUUUGCACAUUUUUUCAUGAGUUGAUUCCAUGUGGUACAA